AUGUCUUCUUCACUUCUCAAUGGAGCUGACAGUCUCAAACUCACAACAGGGUCACAGAUUUUUGGUUCAGAACUUCAAUUCAGCUGUUUCCCUAAAAAGGGUUUUGUAAAUUAUCCAAAGGGUUCAAAGAUUCUAACUUUGACACCUAAAUGUAGUUUAUCUUCUUCCAGGCCAGUGUCUCAACCGAGGUUUAUUCAGCACAAGCAAGAAGCUUUUUGGUUUUAUAGAUUCUUGUCAAUAGUGUAUGAUCAUGUGAUUAAUCCAGGGCAUUGGACUGAGGAUAUGAGAGAUGAAGCACUUAAGCCUGCUGAGUUGUACAGUAGGAAUCUGAAAGUGGUUGAUGUUGGGGGUGGUACUGGGUUCACUACUCUUGGGAUAGUUAAGCAUGUUGAUGCUAAGAAUGUGACCAUUCUUGAUCAAUCACCUCACCAACUCGCUAAGGCCAAGCAGAAGGAGCCUUUGAAAGAGUGUACUUUUAUUGAAGGUGAUGCUGAAGAUCUCCUUUUCCAACUGAUUAUGCUGAUAGAUACAUCUCUGCUGGAAGAUCCUCAGCGUGGUAUUAAGGAGGCAUACAGAGUUCUAAGAAUUGGAGGAAAGGCCUGCCUAAUUGGACCUGUUUACCCAACGUUUUGGCUUUCUCGCUUCUUUGCGGAUGUGUGGAUGCUAUUUCCUAAGGAAGAAGAGUAUAUUGAGUGGUUUAAGAAGGCUGGUUUUAAGGAUGUUGAACUGAAGAGAAUUGGUCCAAAAUGGUAUCGUGGUGUCCGUCGACAUGGUUUGAUCAUGGGCUGUUCCGUGACAGGUGUGAAGCGAAAGUCAGGAGACUCUCCCCUUCAGCUUGGUCCAAAACAAGAGGACGUAAAGAAGCCCGUGAACCCAUUUGUAUUCUUAAUGCGUUUCAUCCUGGGAGCAAUGGCAGCAACCUAUUAUGUACUUGUACCAAUAUACAUGUGGAUUAAGGAUCAAAUUGUUCCCAAAGGUAUGCCCAUCUGA